AAAAAAUAUCGGUUGAAUAAAAUUAAAAACUGUUUUUUAAUAAGAUGUCAAAUCAACACUAUACAGUCAAAGCAAUAUAUUCGUCCCAGGAAAAACAAAUUAAAAAAUUUGAAUAUGAAUUAUUAAGAUCAAAUGAUGAAUAUUUGAAAAAUGGCUUUCUUGAAGAGCUUGAAAAAAAUAUUAUAAAAAUACAAGAAGAUUGUAAUAGAAUUCUUACUGAAAAGAUGAAUGAAAGAAAUCCCAAAGAAGUGUCGAAAAAUGAUGAAAAAAGAAAAAAUUAACUGCGAUGAUUCGUUUAAUAAAUUUAUGUUACAAGUAUAGAAUUG